AUGCGAGCAUUGAGCUCGUUGCUAGUGCUGGUGGCUGUCCCAGCGGCGCUAGCAGUCAAGACACAGGACUUCAAGACAUGCACCCAGGCCGCAUUCUGCAGGCGGGGGCGCGCACUCUCUGCACGGGCACAGGAGAAUCCUUCCUGGAGCUCGCCAUACUCAAUAGACCCGUCAACCAUCUCAGUCUUGCCUGGACAGGCGUCCUUCACGGCUGGCGUGAAGUCGUUGCUCUAUCCUGACGUCAAGUUUGGACUCGACGUGCGAGUACACAAGGAUGGUGUAGUAAGGGUACGUAUGGACGAGGUGAACGGCCUGCGCAAGCACUACGAUGAGGCGGCGUCGUGGGCCCUUAUAGCAGAACCAGAUAUCAGCCCGGAGAUCAAAUGGUCGGUGGGCAAGUCCGACGUGCGUGCAGUUUAUGGAGACAAGAAGGAUAUCGAGGUCGUCGUGGCGUUCCAGCCUCUCAAGGUGACUCUGCUGCGGGAUGGCAAGGAGCAAGUCGUGCUGAACGGCAGAGGCCUCCUGCACAUGGAGCACUUCCGCACGAAGGAGUCCGCGGAGGAGAAACUGCCGGUGGAGCAGCCUCAGGGCGACGAUUCUCAGGUCGUGAUGCAGGUCAACUCGCGCGCCUGGUUCGAAGGCGAGACCGAAGAUGGCUAUUGGGAAGAGCAAUUUGGUUCGUGGACAGACACUAAGCCCAAGGGCCCAGAGUCACUGUCCAUUGAUAUCUCCUUCCCCAAUCACGGACAUGUCUAUGGCAUCCCGCAACACGCGACGCGCCUCUCGCUCCCCACUACGACCGGAGAGAAUGCGUUCUACUCGGAACCGUACCGGCUGUACAACGCAGAUGUCUUCGAGUACCUCGCAGACUCGACCAUGUCGCUGUACGGCUCAAUCCCCGUCAUGCACGCGCACUCGGCGGCGUCUACUGUCGCCAUCUUCAACGCUGUGGGGUCCGAAACGUGGAUCGACGUCGCACACCCGACGCCGCGCUCGACGGAGACGCACUGGAUUUCCGAGUCGGGCAUCCUCGACGUCUUCCUGAUGCCGGGCUCUACGCCCGCGGACGUGUUCGGGCAGUACACACGCCUCACCGGGACACCGGCGUUGCCUGCGCAUUGGGCGCUGGCAUACCACCAAUGCCGCUGGAACUACGUUAGUUCAGACGACGUGCGCGACGUGCAGCGUCGCUUCGACCUCGAGGACAUGCCAGUGGAUGUCUUCUGGCUUGAUAUUGAGUACGCUGAGGAGCACAAGUACUUCAUCUGGGAUAAGAAAUACUUCCCCGACCCUGUCGACAUGACACGCGACGUCGAGGCGGUCGGCCGCAAGAUGGUGGUGAUCGUCGAUCCCCACUUGAAGCGGGCGGCGAGCUAUCCAGUUUACCAGGAGGCGCAAGAGCGCGGCGUGCUCGUCAAGUCGCCGGGUGGAAGUAACGACUACGAAGGCUGGUGCUGGAGUGGCAGCGCUGCCUGGGUAGACGGCUUCAACCCUGAGAGCUGGGACUGGUGGACGUCGUUGUUCAAGACCGCUCCGCAAGGCGACAAGUGGACCUGGACCGAAAGUACUGUCGAUACCUACAUCUGGAAUGACAUGAAUGAGCCCUCCGUCUUCAACGGGCCCGAAAUCAGCAUGCCCCGCGACAACGUGCACUACGGCGGUUGGGAGCACCGUGACGUCCACAACAUCAACGGCAUGCUGUUCCACAACAUGACGUUCCAGGCCCUCAAGGCGCGCUCCGACCCGCCAAAACGGCCGUUUGUCCUGACUCGCUCCUUCUAUGCUGGCUCUCAGCGGUUCGGUGCGAUGUGGACGGGAGACAACCUCGGUACUUGGGAACACAUGGCCGUCGGUGUGCGCAUGGUGCUGGCCAAUAAUAUCGGCGGCUUCAGCUUUGCAGGAUCCGAUGUCGGUGGCUUCUUUGGCAACCCAGAACCUGAGAUGCUGGUUCGCUGGUACGAAGUGGGCAUCUUCUCGCCGUUCUUCCGCGCCCAUGCGCACAUCGACACCAAGCGGCGGGAGCCAUAUCUUCUGGACGAGCCUUACAAAGGCAUCAUCCGCAGCCUCCUGCGCUUGCGGUACAGCAUGUUGCCUGUCUGGUACACCGCCUUCCGGGAGGCCAGUGUGACGGGCCUGCCUGUAUUGAGGCCGCACUACGUCGCGUUCCCCCAUGAUGAGGCGGGCUUUGCCCUCGAUGAUCAGUACUUUGUGGGUAGCUCUGGGUUGUUGGUGAAGCCGAUUUGCGAGAAGGGUGCCACAGAGACUUCGGUGUAUCUCCCUGACGAUCAGGUCUACUACGACUACUUCAACCAUUAUGCAUACCGAGGCGCGGCUAAGGGCAAACAUGUCACCGUACCUGCCGAGCUCGAGAAAGUUCCAUUGCUCAUCCGGGGUGGCUCCAUCAUUUCGACACGCGAGCGACCCAGGAGGUCCUCGCCUCUCAUGAAGUACGAUCCUUUCACGCUACGGGUGGCUCUCAACGCCGCUGGAGAAGCGCACGGAGAACUAUACUUGGAUGACGGAGUGACAUUCUCCCAUCAGGACGGUCAGUUCAUUUGGCGAGAGUUCGUCGCGACGUCAGACAAGAAAGCGAGAGGCGUCCGCAUCAGCAGCCGCAAUCUUGCCGCGCAGAAGCCCUCGGAGGCUGUCGAUGGCGUAGCGCUAGCCACAUACGACAUUGCAAAUUCAUUCGUGAAGGAGAUGUUGGGAGUACGCGUCGAGCGCGUCGUGGUCUUCGGGCUGGCGUCUAAGCCGAACAAAGUCCAAGCUGGAGGCAGGGAUCUCUACUGGGAGUUUACGCCCGGUGUGACUGCGUCCGAGAAGAGGCAGGGCACCACAAGCGUGCUGGUCGUCAAGGAUCCCGAUUUGAGCGUCACUAGCGAUUGGGAGAUUGUCGUUCAGACCUGAUGUGGGUUAUCAUUGUAUCGGUACCUGCAUUGUUCGCGCAAUUCAUCUGUUCUGUUUCUUGUCG